AUGCGUUUCCUCGCUGUUUUCGCUCUCAUGGCCAGUGUCGUUGUGGCCAGACCUGCUGAAGCUAACAUUCAGGCAUCAUGCCAGGGUGUAUGUCUCCUAGUCCUAUCGCCAUUGAAUGUUGGCGACUACUGCAAUAACAAUGGCACCGCCGGGCCCUUCUCGUGCUGCACACCUCUCAAGUGUGGAAAUAACUUCGUAAGUUGCCAAUGCUAUCAC